AUGGCUUCCAUCUUGCGACAGAUUGUCGCGGGGCCGCGAGCUCGGCAUCCUGAGGCUGGCUUGGAUUUGUGCUAUGUUACAGACCACAUCAUCGCGACAUCUGGUCCCUCAGAAACAUAUCCCCAACUCGCAUACCGAAACCCUCUCGAUCAACUCGUCAAAUUCCUCGAUUCGAAACACGGCGAAGAUUGGGCCAUAUGGGAGUUUCGCGCCGAAGGAACAGGCUAUCCUGAUGAAUCUGUAUAUGGUCGCGUGAGGCAUUACCCAUGGCCUGAUCACCACCCUCCACCAUUCAGACUCGUCCCCAUGAUCAUGGCGAGUAUGCGCAAUUGGCUACAUGGCGGAGAGCUAGGCGGUGGCGUAGUCACGGGCGACGGAAGACCCAUGUCCUCUGGAAAAGAUGUCGUUACCGAGGCGCAAAGGAAGGAGAAGCGCAAUAAGAGAGUGGUGGUGGUUCAUUGCAAAGCAGAAGAGGGUUGGAAACCUGAAGAUGCUCUUGCGCGCUUUACGGAACGACGGAUGCGACCGCGAUUUGGUGCUGGUGUCUCGAUCCCUUCACAAUUGCGCUGGAUCAGCUACGUUGAGCGCUGGACAAAAGGUGGCAAGAAAUACACCGACCGACCCAUCGAGAUUCCCGAGAUUCACGUCUGGGGCCUGCGAAAUGGUGUCAAGGUCGAUAUCGAGGGUUUUGCAGAUGAGGGCAAGAAGAUUGAUGUCUUUCACACAUUCAAGAAGGAGGAGCGCGUGGUUGUUGAUCCUGAAGCACCUGAGGAGAGCGGUAUUAGCGAUAUGAUAUGGGAAAUGGCCGGUUACUCGGUCACCAAGCAGAAGGAGAAAGCACCCGAUGAAGCACACUUUUCUGAGGCGACGAACCCAGGUGAAACGCCAUCGUCGGCAACUGAGGAGAAGGAGCAUAUUGGCAAGGCGAAGACUAUCAAACGAAAGGGCACAGAGAUGCUUCACAAGGUCUCGCCCGCUGGUUCGCAUAAGGGUGUUGAGAGGACUAAGAAUGACUCUGCUACAUCGUCAAAGACCGAUGUUACAGAAGCAAACUCGGAGGAAGAACCAGGUGGCAUGGCGGUUAUUCUAAGACCCAAGGCCCCAAUCCGCAUUCCAAACAGCGAUGUCAACAUCUCAGUCGAGCGUCGUAACAAGACCCCCAAGAGCAUGGGCCUAACCAUGGUAACAGCGGUCGCACACGUAUGGUUCAACACGUUCUUUGAAGGCCAAGGUCCCGAACGAGACGGCAAGGCCCUCGACAGCGGCGUCUUCAGCAUCGAAUGGGACGCCAUGGAUGGGAUCAAAGGAUCCAGCCGUAAAGGCUCACGAGCGUUUGAUCGAAUUGCCGUAGUAUGGCGCGUCGCUGGUACUGACGCUAUGCCUGAAGAAGUCCUCGAGCCAGAGGAGGGACAGCCCGUGCCGCAGGUUCGACCGGCGGAUUGGAAGGGUGCGAAUAUGGAGGAUCCGGAUAAUCAGAAGGAUCUGGGUCUUCGGGUUCAGAGUCCUGCGAGUGCGGAUGUUAGUAAGGCGAGUAGUGUCAAGAGUGCUGAGGAGACGGUUGCGAAGAAGGAUGGAGAGGAGUUGGAGGGUGUUAAGUCGAGUGGACCAUCGGGAGAGGAUUUGCUUAUUGGGGAUCAUGGGGAGGUCAAGGGGGAGAAGAAGGCUUAG